AUGGCAUACGCACAUCUGCACACUUCCCCCGCUGGCCCGGGCGACACCCGCCCAACCGCUCUCCAGAUCAUCCACGACCAAGACCUCGCCCACAGACUUGCCGACAAGGUCAUUCUUAUCACCGGCUGCUCGUCCGGGCUGGGGGCCGAGACCGCGCGCGCCCUCGCCGUCACCGACGCGACGCUCUUUCUCGCGGUGCGGAACAUGCAGAAGGCGCGAGCUGAGCUGGCGGAUCUCCUCCUCCCCUCACCAGACGUAGACUCUGAUGAUAAUCAACAUUCGAAGCGUUCUCGCGUCCGCCUGCUCAAGCUCGAUCUGUCCAGUUUCGCGAGCAUCCGCGCCGGGGCAAGCAAUUUCCUGGCCCAGUCGAAGAAACUGCACAUUCUCAUCUGCAACGGCGGGGUGAUGGGGACAGACCCAAUCACGGACCGGACAGCGGACGGGUUCGAGAAGCAGUUCGGGACCAAUCAUUUAGGGCAUUUCUUGCUCUUUGUCCUGCUGAAGGAUAUGAUGCUGUCUUCUGUCAGCGAGGGAUUCCAGUGUCGCGUGGUUAGUGUGACCUCUAGUGCGCACCGGAUGAGCGGUAUCAGAUGGGAGGAUAUUAACUUCACAAACACCAAACCCGACUCUACUGAAGGUGAACGGAAAGACAGCAGUGGCGAUGGCAAGUUGGCGGCUCUGGCGUACGCGCAGAGCAAAACGGCCAACAUCUACAUGAUGAACGAGAUUGAGCGGCGAUACGGCCCGCGAGGCCUGCACGGGCUAAGCGUGCACCCUGGGGAGAUCUUUACGGGACUUCAGAAAUUCGUGAGCCAGGAGCUGUUGGACGAAUGGCACAAGCCCGAGAUGAUCCGGUUUGUCAAGAGUGUGGAGCAGGGGGCCGCGACGACGGUGUUGGCGGCCGUAGGGAGACAAUGGGAGGGAAAGGGAGGCGUGUAUCUUGAGGAUUGUCAGGAGGGAAAACCGGUGGAACCCGGUUACCAGAAGGGGGAUCCAGGGUAUGCCGAGCAUGCCUUUGAUUCUGGGAAUGAGCGAAGGCUAUGGGAUGAGUCACUGCUGAUGACGGGUAUAUUGAAUUCGGACUGA